UUGAGAUGCUGUUUCCAUUUAUUUAUGCUUUAAAAGAUGCUCUCCCAUGCAGUUCCACCAAGUGUCUAUUGUUAACCUGUGUCCAACAGCUCAGCCCCCAGUAUCCUGACCCUCACCGCAGUGCGGCAUCACAUGACCGGGCUCAUCACCACCGACAAGAUCCUAGACGUCACAGUUACUAUCAAAUCAUCGAUUGAGAGUGAGCCGGCGCUGGUGCUGGGUCCCCUGCGGAGCCUGGAGGAGCAGAGGCAGGAGCAGCAGCUGCAAGAGAUUCAGCUGCGCCGUCAGGAACGAGAGCGCCGCGCUGCUGAAGAGGACGGAGGUGCCAGAGACGAUAGCCCCCCGAUCCAAGAGAAGGCUGACGAGCUGACCGGCCCCUUCCACUACGAGUUCUCCUACUGGGCCAGGGCUGGAGAGAAGAUCACAGUGACACCCUCAUCCAAGGAACUGCUCUUCUACCCUCCUGAGGUAGAGGCCACGAUCACUGGAGAGUCGUGUCCGGGUCGGCUGGUGGACAUCGCAGGUCGCGCAGGUCUCUUCCUGGAGGGCAAGGUGACACCAGAGCUACAGGGUGUUGAGAUCUCCAUCACUGAGAGAGGAGCUGCUGCUCCACUCAUUACUGUGGCCACUAAUGAGAUGGGAGCAUACAGGUAUGAGAACCACAGUCUUUGUGCAAUCUGUGUAAUAUUUACUGUACUAUUAUCUGUUAUGAUAACAUGUGUAUCAUUUAGGUUUGUAUGUGGGAGAGUAUUGUGAUCAC